CCUUGGACAAGAUGAGGAGCUCUGCGUACAUGGUGGUGACAGUAGCAGCGAUGUUGGUGGCAGUAGCUGCCACAGACGAACCGGAGGACGCCAACUUUACCAACACAUUUGAUGAGAAAUUGAAAGAGAUGAUGUGGAAAAGAUGCGCCUAUCAGCUGACCUCGUCUUGUUUAAAACUGACCUUGGUGCGACUAGUAGACCGACUGGCUCAUGACACUUACUUCCAGCCUCUUCCUGGAGUUACGGUACACAGUAAUCACUCCAGGUCUCUGGAGCCUGCAGUGCCAACCAUGAACGACUUGCCUCUCCAGCAGCGCCUAGAUACGUUUCUCCUCCAGAAGGUUGGCGGAUACCUGCGCUCCCUCACACUCAGCGUGCGAAUGGUGGAUCUGCCGUCCUUCAACACAACUGAGCUUGUGGACAAUGUUCUCGCUAAAGUUACAGGCCGCAAAAAGGGAGGAGCGGGUGCGGGAGCGGGUGCUCUGGCUGUCAUGAUGGGAGGUGCCAUGAUGACAAUGAUGAUGAGUGCCUUGGCGGCAAUGGCGGGCAAAGCCUUGAUGACAUCAAUGAUGGCACUGAUGCUAGCAGCCAUGGGGGCCAUGAAAGGUGGAGGUGGCGGGGGCGGUCAUAGCGGCAAGAGCACCACGUACGAGAUCAUCGCCCAGCCAGAGGUCUCACACUCCCACACGCACUCCGAGGAGUUACACCAUGGCCAUGGAUGGAAGAGAAGUGUGGACUUCUUACAUGUAGCGGCCGCUUCUUAGAUGUAUAUAUGUAUUCUAGCGCUUUUAUUUAUUUGAGCAUAUUUUAGUACUAUAGAUAUUUAUUAGUUCUUCUCUAAGAGAAUACAAUAUGCACGAAGGAUAUUAUUUAUGAAAAUUGGCCGUAGCCUGUAUUUUCUCAUAAUUUGUAAACCCCGUGGUAAGAAGUAUGUGUAUUUUAAUGAUAAUUUUUCUCUUUUCAAUUCUAAAAUAUUGAACACCAUCUCCGGUAGUAUUAAAAAAUAAUUAAUUAAUCAUACAUAAUAGUUACAAUAACACCUUGAUCAGGCUAAAUUGUCGCUCAAUUAGACUACUCUCAAUGUUUAGCACCUCUCAGAAUUUUCUCAAACUCGAAAACCUUUUUCAUGAUAAAAUUGUAUUACGUAAUAAAUUAAGCAUGAUUAUAAAUUUCUUAACGGAAAAACAGCGAUUUUGUGGUCUAGUUUUAGACGAGUUUCUUCGCAAUUGUCAUUUUACAAUUAUACAUAUAUUUAAGAAUACUUUUGUUAUAUAUAUACUUCUAUUGCUCAAGAAAUUGCAAACGUGGGAAAAUUAUAAAGGUGGGAAAAAUAAUUAAGGUAAUUAUUCACAAAUAUAAAUAUAUUGUGUUUUCUGUUUUAUAUAUUAUUCUUAUUGUAGUAAACACUAAAUCUCUAAUUUUCCUUUUCUAAACUAUAAUAAAUUACUAUAUAUACCUACAAACUUUAACUUACUGAAUAUUUUACAUAAUUCUUCCCAUUAAGUAUUUAUAUUAGUCUCUCUAAACCAAACAAGGAAAGGGAUAUUUUUUCAACAGUACAACUGUUGGGGUCUGGCAAUAAAACGAUAUCAGAAUCAAAUUUUAAUCAUAUUCGUUAAUACUCAUAAA